AUGCGGGGAAAGCUUCUCCAGAUUCUCGCAGAUUCAACGUCGUCUUCAACCAACUCCAUGGGAUCGCGUAACUUUCUUCCGAAAUACACGAGCACUCAGCCCAUUUCUCCUGUAUCUAAACAGCCAGCACUGCGUCUUCCUUUGACAGCCGAUCCUCCUGGCCCGCAGAAUCCUCCGAGGCAGCUCGUAUGGCUGAUAUUUGGAGGAACAGGCCAUAUGGGCCGCUACAUCGCCAAGACUGCCCUGUCGUACAAUGAUCUAGUCGUGGUAGUGGGUCGCACGUUCGAGAACAGCCCGGAAUACAUGAAGAAACUGCAAGAGGACAAUGCAAAAUGCCUGGGUCUUCUAUGUGACGUUCGAGCGCGCGAAACUGUCAAGCAGGUUAUUGAUAAAACAAUAGCACAUUUUGGGAGGAUUGAUGUUAUUGUCAACUGCUCCGGAUAUGGGGUGAUUGGAGCCUGUGAGGAUCAGGAUGAAUACGAUAUCCGAAACCAAUUCGAGACGAAUUUCAUGGGUACAUUGAAUAUCAUUCAGCUAUCCCUUUCGUACUUCCGCGAGAGAAAGACCGGUCGAUACUUGAUCUUCAGCUCUACGUCUGGUGCGCUGGGAGUCCCGGGACUCGGGCCUUACUGUGCCUCGAAAUAUGCGGUUGAAGGCCUUAUGGAGAGCAUGCUCUAUGAAAUCGAUAGCUUCAACAUCAAAAUAACACUUGUGGAAUCAGGCCACAUGCGUCGCGACAAUGUGAACGAAUUUGCCUCCCAUCCUCCGGUUGUAGCGGACGAUCAUGCUCUGUCUUCUCCCCCGGCUCUGUACAGCCAUUUCUUCGUCAAGCCUCCAAGCGAACCGUACAACACACCCACUGCGCCUGCAGCACAUGCAAUGCGCAUGCUGAUGUGGCUGGGUGAUAAGCAACCAGCCAGCGCCGUAAAGGCAGCGGAACUGACCUGGCAGCUUGGGCACUGUUCCUACCCGCCACUCAGACUCGUUCUGGGCACCUACGCCGUGGAGAGUAUCAGAGAAAGACUGAAAUAUGUCACUGAGGAAAUUGAGGAUUGGAAGCAUUUGAACUUUCCGCUGGAAGAUCAGCAACCGUCCCCGAAUGCCACCGCAAAGGACGACGAAGCGUCGAUGGCGAACAAGCAGGACCAUGAGGAUGCAGCAACAUCCAGCCCUGCAUAA